ACCCCGGGCCUAGGAACUUCCCCAGUGCCGUACGAUCUGCUGCAGUAGGUUGUCGGCUGCUCUCUGCCUCAGACGAUAUCGAUACAUCGACGAGAAAAAUAAUGAAAGAGUGAAUAAGGAUCAGACUAUUACUGUCAGCUGAGUAAGGGAAAUCGCAAGGGCGUCAUGGCUUCAGCGCCCUCGGAAAGCGACGCGCUUCUCGGUGGGCGUCGCACCCCCCCGCCACGGUACUCCAGCAUCAACCCUUUUGACGCAACUGAAGAAAAUGAUGCGCAUCAGGCAGCCAAGCAUUCUGGUGCAUCUGCAAAUGUUGAAAAUCGAGGUCCUAUCAACAGUGGUCCUCCGGCAGGUCACCUGGCAGGUCAGCACGGAGGACACGUGCAACAGCCUCCUUUGCAACCAGGUUGGUGGUCGUGGAUACCCGGUCCUGCCCAGUACUUCCCUCCCGGCCUGGAGCACCUGAGCCACGUCGGCGAGCUCACCAUCACGAAACAUGGCCGGAAGCUGCGCGUGAGCCGGGAGGAGGGGCAGCAGAUCUACGUGGUGCGCACCUUCCACCCGCGGUGCUGCAGCGGCGGCGGAGACGCGGCCGCCGUCACCAUCAAGGUCCUGAACAACGCGCAUCUCGACGUCCUCAGCCUCACCAGGACGGACGAGGAAUCCUCCUGCUGCGGCUACACGCCCACGCAUCUGGAGGUGUGCUUUCCGCCUGGCAACAUGGUGGGUGUGGUCCAAGGAUCCUCGAUGGAGUACACCGUCCACAACCCUUCGGGAGAUCUUCUGUUCCUCCUGCAGAAGGAACCCGACAGAUUAUGUUCCAGGGGAGGAUACGAGGUUGUUUCGGCGGAUAGAUUCCCCCUUGGGAGAAUCUACCUGGCGAAGACCUCCUGUUGCUCUACUUCAAAGGAGGUGAAGGUCUGCUUCCCCAUCAACCUGGACUUGAGGUCGAAGGCGCUAAUCCUGGCUGGCGCUUUGUCCAUUAGAGACCUACACUGGAAUUAGUGAUCACUUCUCCAGCCAGGACCUGUUAGAAUGUACUAAUAUGUGCAACUAAGGAAGGAGAAAGAGAGAGAGAGAGAGAGUGAGAGAGAGAGAGAGGAGGGGGGAGG